GCUUUCUGCACGCACCGUUCCCAGUGCCGUUUGAGCAAUGCAGUAGCGCAGAACAAUAACUUCUACUACUAUUGGGAAGCGAUGGAUCCCAGGUGGUUACUGCUGGCAGUGUUUUGCCUAUUCUACCAGAAUUUGGCGUUUGGGUCGCUCACUACGGAAGAAGAUGUCCCAUCUAACACCAACGAUACGAAGGAAUGGAGAAUAUUGCAGAUACCCAGAAUAACAACGCCUAGGAGUGGGAGGAUGACCACUACCAUUAGAAGGAUGCCUACUAAGACGGUCGCUAGAGGCAAAACAACAGCGCGCUCCAGAAAGCGUACCAGCGCUGGCGGUAGAACAUGGACCACUACGAAACGAUCCGGUCAGCGUCUUGCAGGUCCUAAAGCACCAACUACAAUAUCACGAACUACUAAAACGGCUCUGAGAAUUUCCAGCGGACCGAACGGCAAAGUUUCCACUACUAGAGCCAAAUCUAUGCAGCCUCCAACACUUCCUCCUGUAACAUCCCAGGGAGAAAUUCUUUAUUUACAAGCUUUGUACAAUUUGCAGGGCAGGACAACUAAGAAGCCACGUAGAAUACCGCAGAAAAUCCAGCAAGGUCCUACGACGCGACGUUCCGGUCAAAAAACGACAACGCAACGACCGCAGGUGCGAACGACCACUCCUCCAGUUUUGCUGCGCAUGCCUCCCCGUUCGUCGACAGCGGUAUCGCCUUUGUCGCUCUUUGGGUAUCAAUUGUACUCGUUACCGUUCAGCUUUUUCAACGUACCGACAACGACCGUAGCCAGCAGCAACACAACCGACACGUCCAACACGACAACCACUGAGAAUCCUGCUGUAAGCUCCAGCACAACCGAAACGACCAGCACGAUGAGCACCACGUCGUCCACCAGCACGGUAGCACCGGGCGCGAACGCAACCGCCAUCACCUCCGCCGCCGCGGUGGAGUACGAAGACGAUCCCCAAGAACAGCCAAACCCGCCCGAAUAUGACUACCCGGAGGAGCAGCACAAUGCAACUAGCCCGGUGGUAACGACGGUGGCACCCGUCACGGAGUCACACAACAGUGUGUCCUCCGCUGCCGGUCCGCACAUGGUGCGGAAGCGCCGUAAAAAGGUCACCACGACUACGGCCGGCCCUAGCCCUGGAAUGAUACGGAUUCGGGUGCGCAGAAAGCGCACCACCGUUGCGCCAGCAGUCGACGCGAUUGCGGAGAGCUCGAGCUGAGCCGAUGCGUCCGGCAAAUGCGGAAAAGGGGAAGCACACAUGUAUGUAACCGAAACUGCACAAUGAUAAUAAAUUUAACCAUGCAAAUUGA